AUGUUGUCCGGUCGCAUUGCUGCUCGCGCCACCCGCGUGGCCGCUCCUCGCGCUCCCAUUGCCGUCAGAUCCUACGCCGCCGCCGCCUCGGGCUCGUCUGCCGCUUCCAAGCCUCCGGUCGCUCUCUUUGGCCUCGACGGCACCUACGCCAGCGCCCUCUACACUGCCGCUGUCAAGACCGAGUCUCUGGAUUCCACCGCCAAGGGCCUCGAGAACCUCGCUGCCACUUUCAAGAAGGACGCCGCCCUCAAGACCAUCCUUGAGGCCCCCACCCUCAGCAACGCCGACAAGUCGCAGAUCAUUGCCGAGAUCCAGAAGUCCAUUGGUGUCCAGGACAAGAACAACACCAUCAAGAACUUCCUCGAGGCUUUGGCAGAGAACAACAGACUCAACCAGCUUGAGGGUGUUGCCGAGAAGUUCGGCACUCUUAUGAGCGCCGCCCGCGGUGAGGUUGAGAUGACUGUUGUCAGCGCUGCUCCCCUCGACGCCAAGGUCCUCCGCCAGCUCGAGAGCUCCGUCUCCAAGUCCUCAUACGUUGGUCAGGGUAAGAAGCUCAAGGUUGUCUCCAAGGUUAACCCCGACAUCCGUGGUGGACUCAUCGUCGAGAUUGGCGACCGCACCAUCGACCUCAGCGUCUCAUCCAAGAUCGCCAAGAUGAACAAGCUCCUCAGAGACACCCUGUAA